CUCACUGCCGCUGCAAUGGUCCAUUCCGAGGAGUGUUGUCUGCCCCCCCCCCGGUAUAUCAGAGAAAUGGUUUGUCCCAGAUUCCUUCACAAGUUCCAGCACUGUGAAGACGAGGGAAGAGGUGGAGCCGCCUCGAGACGGGCGUGCGUGGUGACGCAGGCACGUACCUUAAAAGGGCGGCCGUUACGAGCGCGCGCCCCCACUUUCCGGGGCGCGGCGAAAGGAGGCGGUUCUCUGUCUCUCUCCCUCGCUCUCUUCUUCUUCCGCAGCUCCGGGGCGGGGCCGGGCCAGGCUGAGCGAGGCGAGGGGGCGAUGCCGACUCAGCGCGAGAGCCACAGCAGCAGCACCGGCAGCAUGUCUCACCCGGGACUCGGAGGCGGCGGCGGAGGAGGAAGCGGAGGGGUGGGCCUGGGCCUCUCAGGCGGGGACGGCGCCCACCAGGUCCGCGUCAAGGCUUACUACAAAGGGGAUAUUAUGAUAACCUAUUUUGAACCUUCCAUCUCCUUUGAGGGCCUGUGUAAUGAAGUUCGAGAUAUGUGCGCCUUUGAUAAUGAGCAGCUCUUCACCAUGAAAUGGAUAGAUGAAGAAGGGGAUCCAUGUACUGUUUCUUCUCAGCUGGAAUUGGAAGAGGCCUUUCGUUUAUAUGAACUAAAUAAGGAUUCUGAACUUCUAAUACAUGUGUUUCCUUGUGUACCUGAGAGGCCUGGAAUGCCCUGUCCUGGGGAAGACAAGUCUAUAUAUCGUCGGGGUGCGCGACGGUGGCGAAAGCUCUAUUGUGCAAAUGGUCAUACUUUUCAAGCCAAGAGAUUUAACAGAAGAGCUCACUGUGCCAUUUGUACUGACCGAAUAUGGGGAUUAGGACGUCAGGGAUAUAAAUGCAUCAACUGUAAACUUCUGGUUCACAAGAAGUGCCACAAACUUGUUAGCAGAGAAUGUGGCCGACACGCACUACCACCAGAGUCUAUGGAUCAUUCAUCAGUACACCCUGAUAACAUAGAACCAGUGAUUCCAUAUCAUCCUUCCAGUCAUGAAAGCUUAGAUCACGUUGGUGAAGAAAAAGAGGCAACAAGUAUUAGAGAAAGUGGCAAAGUUUCUUCCAGUCUCGGUCUCCAAGAUUUUGAUCUACUUCGAGUUAUAGGGAGAGGAAGUUACGCAAAAGUACUUUUGGUUCGUUUAAAGAAGACAGAGCGCAUAUAUGCGAUGAAAGUUGUGAAAAAAGAACUAGUCAAUGAUGAUGAGGAUAUUGAUUGGGUUCAGACAGAAAAACAUGUUUUUGAACAGGCAUCUAAUCAUCCCUUCCUUGUUGGUCUUCACUCCUGUUUCCAGACAGAGAGCAGGUUAUUUUUUGUCAUUGAAUAUGUAAAUGGAGGGGAUCUCAUGUUUCAUAUGCAGCGCCAAAGAAAAUUGCCAGAAGAACACUCUAGGUUUUAUUCUGCAGAAAUCAGUUUAGCACUAAACUAUCUUCAUGAACGAGGAAUAAUUUAUAGGGACCUGAAGCUAGACAAUGUGUUGCUGGAUUCUGAGGGACAUAUCAAACUGACUGACUACGGCAUGUGUAAGGAAGGAUUAAGGCCUGGAGAUACAACCAGCACUUUCUGUGGCACUCCCAACUACAUUGCUCCAGAGAUCUUACGUGGAGAAGAUUAUGGGUUUAGUGUGGACUGGUGGGCUUUGGGUGUGCUGAUGUUUGAAAUGAUGGCAGGAAGAUCGCCUUUUGAUAUUGUUGGAAGUUCUGAUAAUCCUGAUCAAAACACAGAAGACUAUCUUUUCCAAGUUAUUCUGGAGAAGCAAAUCCGUAUCCCACGAUCCCUUUCUGUGAAGGCAGCAAGUGUUCUAAAAAGUUUUCUCAACAAGGAUCCAAAAGAACGUUUAGGGUGCCAUCCGCAAACAGGAUUUGCAGACAUUCAGGGACAUCCAUUUUUCCGUAAUGUUGAUUGGGAUCUGAUGGAACAAAAACAAGUGGUUCCUCCAUUUAAACCAAACAUAUCUGGAGAAUUUGGUCUGGACAACUUUGAUUCCCAGUUCACAAAUGAACCUGUUCAACUCACUCCUGAUGAUGAUGAUAUUGUGAAGAAGAUUGAUCAGUCUGAAUUUGAAGGUUUUGAAUACAUCAAUCCCCUUCUGAUGUCUGCUGAGGAAUGUGUCUGAUCUCUCACAUCCAAACUGUGCCACUUGUUACUUAUAUUUUUUAUGAACAGUUUGCUGUUGGGAUGCAUUUUUUAAAAUAUAUGUACUUUCAUUAUUUGCCAUCUAUAUAAAAUACUAAUCUACUAUAAGAUGGUUGCAUUUCAGGAAAUAUAAGAAAAUCUGAAAUCUUGCCAAAAUUAAAAUAGAACAUUGAGGCAACUAUUUAUUGGAUGCCUAAUGCUUUUGUCAGCUAGUUUUGCUUGAAAUUCAGUGCAGCUAUAUUGUCUUUAUGAAAGGACGAUGGGCCUUCCGGAUCCUCGGGCUCAAAAUCCACAAGUUCCACUGAUCACAUAUUGUCACACCCUGUCUUAUUAAAUGAUAGAAACAUGGACGUGGAAAUGCCGAAGCCAGUGUGUUCAUGUUGGUGCCAUUUAAUAACAUGGGCUGUAAUCAUCCACUUUUUUUGUAUGCACUCGUGGUCCCAGACCCAAACCCUCGUUGAUAGGACAGGCCCGCUGUAUUCCUGGCAAAGAGACUUUGGUGCAUUAAGUAAAGUUCAGCAAACCAUAUGCAAGGCCUAGUUUACAAUUAAAAGCUGAAAAUGAGAUUUAGGAUUGAAUCACUCGUGUACGUCUUUCUUCCUCCUUCAUCUGUUUUGUUUCCUUACGUAUGAUUGUUACCAACACAGUUGAAAAAAUGGUCACAAAUUCUCAGGCCAGAUCUGAGUGUGAAUCUGAAUUAAUUACGCUAUAGUGUUCCCUCACUUAUUGCUGGGGUUAGGUUCCAGGACCACCCGCAAUAAAUGAAAAUCCGCAAAGUGGGGAUGCUAUACUUAUUUUAAUAUUUAUACAUUAUUUUAGUAGUUAUACACUAUUUUAAGUCUUUAUCAACCAAUUGUGUGUUGAUAAAUCGCCACCUCCUCCCGUUGCCACUUGGGCUCCUUUUCUCUCCCUUUGGCUGCUCCUUCCUCCCUUCCUUCCUUAGGCUGUAAAUUGUAAUUUUUUAUGAUUUAUAAUAUUUUAGAAUUUAUUGAAAAACCGUGAAACAGCGAAUCCGCAAAAAGUGAACCACAAAGUAAUGAGGGAAUACUGUAAUGUUAUGUUGAAAUCAAUUGGAAGAUGAUAGAGGAAGUGCGUGCAAGGCUGUGGUACCCUCCUACUCUAAAAAUCUUGGUAAAGCAUUUGAUGUGGACUGGACUUAAAAAGUAAUCCUCCACGUUACAAUAUUAAGGUAUCAAUUCUUUGCAUACUUGGGGGUGAGCCUCAUUGAAUUUGGUGACACUAUUUCUGAAUAAACAUGCAUAGGAUUAUGCUUGCAAUUUCUGAAUUUCUUCUUCAUGCCUGCUUUUAUGGAUCUCUUCAAGAUUAUAGCUGGAUCUUUGUUAUGUCCUUUGACUUGAUGAAAGUAGUACAGCAUUUGCUUUAACCUUGAUAGAGGCAAGGACAGCAGAGGCUUUCUUGGAAAUGGGGAUCAUUGUUAUAUUUUUUUUUAAAAGAUUUUGCUAUCAAGCACUGUAUAGAAAACCUAACUUCAAACGUUCCAUUGUUAACAGUUUAUUACUUCACAUCCUUGCUAUGUAAAUUGAGUGCCUUCCCGAGCAGAAGGGGCUAGACUAGUAUGAGGUAUAGUGACAUGUUAAAUUAAAAACUUGGUGAGGGGAUACAUUAAUAUUUAGCACAAAUUGGCAGCUAAUGUUCACACAUAAGACCUCAUGCCAUCGUUUUAUAAUGUAUCUUUUGUUAAUGUGGAUGAGAAAUUAUUUCUACAAUAAAUUUAGAAGGUCAUACUUCAGGUAUAAAAUUUGGACAGUAUUACACUGCAAAAGGAUCUUUAGCAAUGUGAUUGGAGACGUAUGGCUACCACUUGAGAUUAUGUGAUGGUCCUAGACAUUCAGCUGCAAGAUGAAUGUGAAGAUUUUCUUAAUGGAUCCACACCCAUUAAUAUGCGGCAGAAAUGAAUAAAAAAGUAAACUGAAGGUGCAAAUUUAAAUGUUCGCAUAAGAUGUAACAUUUUGUAUUGCUUUUGAAAAGGAACUGCUGGUUGGAGAUACCAAAUGUGUAUUUUGCUUGUUUCUUCAAAGUGUUCUGCACAGUGUAGAAAAGUUUGGUACAAAACUUUGUGUCCAAAAUAAAGCACAUCAGAGCUACCCUUCUACGAUGUGAAUGUCUGCUAUUGAGAAUUUUAUGGUACUCUUGUAUGUUAUGAAAAAAAAGUUUAUUGGAAUAGUAUGAAUCGUCUUCGUUGUAUUUUUUCCAAAAUACGGAUAUGUUGGAGAGGGGGAAUUUAAUCUACCUUUUUUAUUUGCCUUUGUACUUGACCAGUCUCCAUGUCAGUUAUAAUGUACAUUUAAAAACACUAACUCCUGCUGUUACUGAUGAAUAAUAUUUGAGUUCAUAUUCUUCAGAGAUGGACAAAGAUAUCUAUGUGAAAUAACUUAAAUGCUUAUCCUCUGCUCUUUAGACUGCCUUUCUAAAGUAAAAUGUGACUGCAGAAAGUGGUUUCAUUUCCUAAUAUGCAUGGUACAAAACAGCUUUGUUAAAGGUACAUUUUCUAAAUCUCACAGCUAUAAGUGAAUGGCAUUCUAAAUUUAAGAUUUCCCUUCUUCCAAGCACAAAAACAAUGAAUGUACAGAUGUUACAAUUAUGUUCCUGCUCCCUGCCCUGUAUAUGUGUGUAAUAUAUAUUUCAUGUGGUGGUGUCACCUUUAACAUAGAUUUCAGUGAGAAAAUUAAAGCAGAUGGCAAGUUUUUGUGUUCUUUUUCAUAUUUGUUUCAGAGAAGUGCCAUGAUAAUUCAUUUUAGAACAUUUUGUUAAAUGUGUAAAGGCUGUUUUAAAGUAUUGAACAGAGAAUUCAGACAUGAACAGCUAAAACAGCAUGAUGAGAAAUAUUUUUUGUAUAAAUAAUGAACUAAUGGGUACUGUAACCUGUCUGUUGUGAGGCGUGUUUCCUUCAUUUUGCAGUCUUGGGUAUUGUAUCAUCAUCUCUUGUAUUUCUAAACACUUUUUUAUCUGUCCAUUUUAUGUUUUAAAAUAAAACAGAGCUUUUUGUUUAAA